GGACCGGCGCGGAGGGACCAGGCGGAGGCUCCCGCUCCGAGCCUUGGCCGCCGCCAUGCCCUCCUACACGGUCACCGUGGCCACCGGCAGCCAGUGGUUCGCGGGCACCGACGACUACAUCUACCUCAGCCUGGUGGGCAGCACGGGCUGCAGCGAGAGGCACCUGCUGGACAAGGCCUUCUACAACGACUUCGAGCGCGGCGCGGUGGAUUCUUACGACGUGACGGUGGACGAGGAGCUGGGCGACAUCCAGCUGGUCAAAAUCGAGAAGCGCAAGUACUGGCUGCAUGAUGACUGGUACCUGAAGUACGUCACGCUGAAGACGCCCUCGGGGGACUACAUCGAGUUCCCCUGCUACCGCUGGCUCACCGGGGAGGGCGAGGUGGUGCUCCGAGACGGCCGAGCAAAGCUGGCCCGCGAUGACCAGAUUCACAUUCUCAAGCAGCACAGGCGCCUAGAACUGGAAACACGGCAGAAACAGUACCGGUGGAUGGAAUGGAACCCUGGGUUCCCCUUGAGCAUCGACGCCAAGUGCCACCGGGACUUGCCUCGUGACAUCCAGUUCGACAGUGAGAAGGGCGUGGACUUCGUUCUGAACUACUCGAAAGCGAUGGAGAACCUCUUCAUCAACCGCUUCAUGCACAUGUUCCAGUCGUCCUGGAGCGACUUCGCUGACUUCGAGAAGAUCUUCGUCAAGAUCAGCAACACCAUUUCUGAGCGGGUCAUGAACCACUGGCAGGAGGACCUCAUGUUCGGCUACCAGUUCCUGAACGGCUGCAACCCCGUGCUGAUCCGGCGCUGCACCGAGCUGCCCGCGAAGUUGCCGGUGACCACGGAGAUGGUGGAGUGCAGCCUGGAGCGGCAGCUCACCCUGGAGCAGGAGGUCGAGCAAGGGAACAUCUUCAUCGUGGACUUUGAGCUGCUGGACGGCAUCGAUGCCAACAAAACAGACCCCUGCACGCUGCAGUUCCUGGCCGCUCCCAUCUGCCUGCUGUACAAGAACCUGGUCAACAAGAUGGUCCCCAUCGCCAUCCAGCUCAACCAAGUGCCAGGAGACGAAAACCCCAUUUUCUUUCCUUCGGAUUCAAAGUACGACUGGCUUCUGGCCAAGAUCUGGGUGCGCUCCAGUGACUUCCACAUCCACCAGACCAUCACCCACCUCCUGCGCACGCACCUGGUGUCCGAGGUGUUCGGCAUCGCCAUGUACCGCCAGCUGCCCGCUGUGCACCCCGUUUUUAAGCUCCUGGUGGCGCAUGUGCGGUUCACCAUCGCCAUCAACACCAAGGCCCGGGAGCAGCUCAUCUGCGAGUACGGCCUCUUUGACAAGGCCAAUGCCACAGGGGGCGGUGGGCAUGUGCAGAUGGUGCAGAAGGCCAUGCAGGAGCUGACCUACACAUCCCUGUGCUUCCCCGAGGCCAUCAAGGCACGGGGCAUGGACAGCACAAAGGACAUUCCCUACUACUUCUACCGCGACGACGGGCUCCUGGUGUGGGAAGCCAUCAGGGCGUUCACGGCCGACGUGGUGGGCAUCUACUACGAGAGUGACCAGGUGGUGGAGGAGGACCCGGAGCUGCAGGCCUUCGUGAAGGAUGUGUACGUGUACGGCAUGCGGGGCAGGAAAGCCUCAGGUUUCCCCAAGUCCAUCAAGACCAGGGAGCAGCUGUCCGAGUACCUGACGGUGGUGAUCUUCACGGCCUCCGCCCAGCACGCAGCGGUGAACUUCGGCCAGUACGACUGGUGCUCCUGGAUCCCCAACGCGCCCCCAACCAUGCGGGCCCCGCCGCCCUCGGCCAAGGGCGUGGUCACCAUUGAGCAGAUCGUGGACACACUGCCAGACCGAGGCCGCUCCUGCUGGCACCUGGGUGCCGUGUGGGCACUGAGCCAGUUCCAGGAAAACGAGCUGUUCCUGGGCAUGUACCCGGAGGAGCAUUUCAUUGAGAAACCCGUGAAGGAGGCCAUGGCCCGAUUCCGCAAGAACCUGGACGGCAUCGUCAGCGUGAUCGCCGAGCGCAACAAGAACAAGAAGCUGCCCUACUACUACUUGUCUCCGGACCGCAUCCCCAACAGCGUGGCCAUCUGAGCCGCUGGCUCCGGCCGCCUGCUCCAGGUGCUGUUCGCACCCAGACUCCAGCCUCUCAGCUCCCAAGGCGGCCACGGGGCAGGCCUCCCGGCAUCCUCCCAAGCCCACCGGGACUCCUGGGAAAUUUGCCCGCAGGGCCCAGGCUCACUGGCUUCACCAAAGCUGCCCCGGUGGCCACAGGGUCGCUAAGCUUCGGUGCUCACUCCUUUCUGUUCCGUCUCAGUGAAGCCCGUUCUCCGAUCACCGCGGCAGCUCUGCAGGGCCCUCC